AUGUCCAUAUCCCUCCCUCCAUCCUACGAAUCCCACCCAACAUCCCACAUCAAACUCUCCCAUCACCCACCCAACACCCCCUCCCCAACCCCCGUCAUCAUCAUCACCCUCAACCGGCCCGAGAAACGCAAUGCCUUUACCUCCACCAUGGCCCAGGAGCUCGAAUGGGCCUUUACCACGCUGGACCGCGAUCCCCGCGUGAAGGUGAUAGUCCUCACCGGGAGCGGAGAUACAUUCUGCGCUGGAGCGGAUCUCGAGAUUGGAUUCAGCGUAGGCGAGAAGGGGAAGAAGUUGAAUUUGGGUGAUUAUCGCGAUAGCGGCGGCCGCGUCGCCCUCUCUAUCCACCGCUGCCGCAAGCCCACCAUCGCCGCCAUGCAAGGAUCCGCCGUAGGAGUCGGCAUGACCAUGACUCUUCCUGCGGCUAUACGAAUCGCCCACACCCCCAGCAAAUACGGCUUCGUCUUCGCCCGCCGCGGCAUAACCAUGGAAUCCUGCUCCAGCUACCUCCUGCCCCGGCUAAUUGGGUACUCGCGCGCCAUGUACCUCGUCUCCACGGGGGCAGUGCACCCGCCCACAUCACCGCACUUUGGGGGACUCUUUGCUGAAACGUUCCCAACCAAGGAAGGCGUGGUGAAGCGGGCGGUAGAGUUGGCGAGUGAGAUGGCCCAGCUGGUGAGCCCGAUGGCCGGGGCGUUGAAUCGCGCCUUGAUGUGGAGGGCGCCGGGGAGUGUGGAGGAGGCGCAUUUGCUGGAGUCGAGGGUUUUGGGGCAUAUGUUUGCUUCGCAGGAUCAGAAGGAGGGUGUCGGGGCGUUCUUUGAGAAGAGGAAGCCCGAGUUCAAGUGUGAUUUGGACGUGGAUGGGCCGGGAAAUUAUCCUUGGUGGGGAGAGGUGGAUAUUGAUCCGAGGAAGGAGGUCGAAAAGUCGAAGUUGUGA